AUCGGUUUUGGCGCGUACAUACAGCGCCACCACCGGAACGCUUUCGAGCUAAAAUCACAGUUGACUGAAGCGUUGUUUCGAGUGCAAUUUAUCCAAAUUUGAAAAAAUGUCGGACGACGCAGCCCCAGCGAAACGCGGCCGCAAAGCCAACGCCGAAAAGGCCGAAAAGAAUGACGCCAAAGUCGAUUCGAAGAAGCGCGCGAGAAAAGAGGUAAAGGCCGCCGAGGGGGACUCGAACGAUGAGGGAGCGGCGCCGGUCAAGAGGGGCCGUGGCAGACCGAAGGGCUCCACGAAAAAGAAGAACUCGCCCGCCAAACCCAAGCCCAAAGGUACAGGACGCCGCGGAAGGCCCAAGAAAGAGGAGAAUAAGGAUUCAGCUGACGAAGAUGGCGAAGAGAAUGAUGCAGCUGAAGAGGACGAUGACUAAAUUUAAUUUAAGCGCAAAUGAGGUGACCUUCGGUUCGUUUUUUUAACCAUUUUAUUUGAAAUUACCAUUCCAUUUGUCGGUCGUGCCAUUUCUGUUUCAUGUUUCUCCCGUUUGUAUUGUUCACCGCGAGGAUCACCUCUUGUAACAAUAAGAUAAUUUUAAGUUGUGUGUAUGAUAUUAAAAUUAGAUAUUUAUCUGAAUUAGGAUGAAUCUCAUGUAACCACACGUCUCAUUGAAAUUAUGUGGAAUUAGUCUUGUGGAUGGUUACUCUUAAGUUUGAAUAAAGAAAAACAGUUUCAA